AUGGAUCCUAAGAUUCUUAAGAUUACACAUACUACAAGCUUAAGCCCCUGGCAAAUUGAGGUGUUUACAUUAAGCACAAGGGCUUGGAGAAGUCUAUCUAGCGGCAAUUUCCCUCGUAAAUCAAUUUGUAUUUCCUGUCAGGUGGUUGUAGAUGGGUGUCUUUAUUGGCUUGCUCGUGAUAGUAUUACCGUGGAUGGUACAAUUACGACUUAUGAUUUGAUUAUCUCAUUUGAUCUGACAAGUGAAGACUUUGGAGAAGUAAACCUUCCGUUUAGAUUAGCCGACCCUCAUUGUAAUUUGGUCAUGUAUAAGCUAAGGGAGUCUCUUGUUGUGAUUAAAUUUAGUCAAAAGGUCCAUAAGCAAGCUCACCAUGUAUGGAUGUUGGAGAAAGAUGAUGUUACAAAAUCGUUUAUAAAGCUCUACACUAUUACUAGUCACCCACCAGACGUAUCAAUAGCUUAUGUAAGGGGAUUUAGGAAGACAGGUGAACCUUUAACUGAAGUUGUUUUACAUUCUGGCUCCACUAGAAUACUUGCUGCUUAUGAACCCUACUCCAAAUCCAUCACUAAUCUUGGGAUUAAUGGAAGACAUUUUUUUUGUGGAAUCUGA